UAUCUGCUAGCUUCAUCUGCUAAACACUGUUCUCUUUGUUGCAGGGAGACUCUAUCCAGACCUGUCAGGGAGACAGAACAUGGAGUGGCACCCAACCAGUGUGUGUUGCACAUUCCUGUGGGCCUCCUCCCACGGUAAAAGAUGCACAGGUGCAGUUGACAGGAGAGACUUACUUCCAUAAUGCCAGUUAUGUAUGUAAUGCUGGACUGCAGCUGGUUGGCUCUAAGACUCUCAUCUGUCUGGCCAAUGGCACGUGGAGCCUGCCAGCUCCUACAUGUGAAGCUGCCAGAGGCUGUGACAGCCCGAAACAGAUGCUGCAUGGCAAAGUGCAGGAGCACAACCUGAACACUGGUCGUGCUGUGGAGUUUCAGUGUGAUAAAGGCUACAACCUGGUGGGAGAUUCUCUGGUGGUGUGCAUGGGGGGCAACACCUGGAGCUCCACUUUCCCUACCUGCCAACCUAAGUCUUGCCCGACUCCUCCAGGCUGGAGGGAGGACAGUGCCAGGAACGGAUCCCGACAGGAGUUUCAUGUCGGUCAGUCUGUCCGUGUCGCCUGCCCAAAAGGUCAGCAGGUGAAAGGCAGCGGCACCAUCACCUGCAGGCCAGACCAGACCUGGAGCCCCAUCAGCUCUGUGUGUGAAACUGUGUGUUGGCUGCAGUGUCAGAAUGGAGGUGUGUGUCAGCGGCCAAACACUUGCGCCUGCCCCGAGGGAUGGAUGGGCCGACUCUGUGAGGAGCCUAUCUGCAUCCUGCCGUGCCUGAAUGGAGGCCGCUGUGUGGCACCCUACCAGUGCGAGUGUCCCACAGGGUGGACGGGCACACGCUGUCAUAGUGCUGUGUGUUCAUCACCUUGUCUGAAUGGAGGCAGAUGCAUCAGGCCGAACAGAUGUCACUGCAGUUCAGGGUGGAGCGGGCAUGACUGCUCCAGGAAAAGGAAAUCAGUAUACUAUCACUUCUAAAGUUUCCACUCAGCUCCAUGUGAAUCAUCUUAUGAAGGGAAUUCUUGUAUAGUUAACUGACACACUUGUAAACCAAUUCAUUCUCAUCUCUCUGCAAAAGGCAAAGCAAGAACCAUUUUGUAAAAUAAAGCUGUAUUUUUUCAUAUAGAGACUCAACAGUAUUAAACAUAUGCUGCUAUAUACUUGUACGAUGUGUAAAAACUAUUGAUGCGAUUGUCCAAUGUAUAUGUGUAAACUAUUCUCACAUUUUUAUUAAAGCAUAAAAUACCAUUAAA